UUAACUAUCAUAAAUGUUUGCGCGAAUUUCCUCUAACUUCGCAUAUAUUGCGAAAGCUACAUUUUCUCGAGCCAGUUCGGUAGCACUGUUCACAGGAACAUCGAAGCUGUUUCAUUCAAAACCAAUCACUGUAUCCCAACCAGACAUGAAGAUUCGGUUAGUCCCAGCAUUGGAGGAUAAUUAUAUGUACCUUCUGGUAGAUGAGGAGACAAAACAGUGUGCAGCAGUAGACCCAGUGGAACCAGAGAAGAUAAUAGAAGCUGUUAAGGAAGAAAACUGUACCCUAACAACAAUUCUCACAACACAUCAUCACUGGUCAUAUGUAGCAUUGCAACAUUUGAAAAGGGAAAAAUGUGAAAUUUUCAGGGAUCAUGCCAAUGGAAAUGAUAAAUUAGUGAAAUUAGUUCCCAGGCAAAAGAUCGUUGUCUGUGGAGGUGAUGAGAGAGUACCAGCUCUGAAUAAAAAAGUGGGUCACGGAGACCAGUUCAAGGUUGGAAAUUUAGAUGUGAAGUGUUUGUUUACUCCAUGUCACACAACAGGCCACAUCUGCUACUUUGUUACAAGCCCCAAAGGAGAACAGCCAGCAGUGUUUACAGGGGACACCUUGUUUGUUGGAGGGUGUGGUAAGUUUUUUGAAGGAACAGCAGACAUGAUGUAUUCAGCACUCGUCACAAUUUUAUCAAAGCUGCCCGGAAAUACGCGCGUGUUUUGUGGACAUGAGUACACUGUGAAUAAUCUAAAAUUUGCCCUCCAUGUGGAACCAGAGAAUCAAACUAUAAAGGAAAAAUUUGCAUGGGCCAAGGACCAGAGAGCCAAGAAUUGUCCAACAAUUCCCUCCACAAUUGACGAAGAACUAAAAUUCAACCCAUUCAUGAGAGUUGAAGAUUCUCAUGUGCAAAAGCAUUGUGGGAAGAGUGACCCUGUUUCCACCAUGGGAUUUUUGCGAGAUGAAAAGAACAACUUCCGCGGCUAGAUGUAAAAGACAUUUAUAUUGACAAAAUCCCGGUAAUAUGAAAAUAGAUCACAUAGAAUUUGGUGUAGUGAUCGACCCUUUAAGGAUGAUUGAAGAUCAAGAAUCCAAAAAGAGGCAGACAUGACAUUUAUUCAGGAUUACCUAAGCAAUGAAUUUGUUUAAUUUCUCCAUGCAUACAUUUACUCAAAUCAUUUCUAAUGGGAAAAAAUAAAUAUGUGAUCUUUGUUAA